AUGACAUUUGAUGUCAUUUCAGAUCCCGAUCCGUGUAAUAGGUGCAACUACAAAAUAUUGAACAGCCCUGAUCGAGCUGAAGGAUUUAUCACCUAUGACCAGCCUAAAUGUGACCUAAUGUCAUGGGACAGAGUGAAAUAUGACACUUGGUAUCGAUUCAAUGGGUCGGCGGGCACAGCCAUGCCAACUCAUUGCGUUGAGACGAUGCGAUGCGGUGCCGAGGCCCCAGGUUGGUUGUACGGUGGUCAUCCCAAAGCGGCUGAGGGAAUUUCUACCAGGUCAGUCUGCUUCAACUGGUUAGGGAAAUGCUGCUAUUACAAAAACGAGAUCAAGGUCAAGAACUGCCGUGGAUUUUUUGUGUACAAGUUCGGAGAUCCUCCCAUGAAUUUUCUACGGUAUUGCGGGAAUGGAUCCAGAAAUGGAACUGGUGAGUUUAAAACAAUAAUUACUCGUGAAGAUAAUCCUUUUUAGAUGGUGGCUAGGAAAGUAAAACCAAUGACAAUUUUUUUUAUUUCCGUUAUUAUUUGAAGAAAAGCCACUCUACAUUCCUGUUUUGCAGUGUAGUGUAAAAGAGCGUCUUGAUGGACUCAUAUUCGCGCAGUCAUAGAGAAGAAACCUGUGUACGCAAGAGCAAAGAUUACUAUUCAAUGAUAUUUGUGUGAUAGAGGACUCUUUUUGUAGGGCGGUAAGAGCUUCAAAUGUCCGCGCCUAUUUUUGCGCCAAAAGGAUGAUUCCGUUUAUUGAACUGGCCACGACACUGCCUCAUUCUUCAUCGGAGUAUCAGUUUUUUAAACUGUUGUGAAUUUUCUUCUGUCACUUUUUAGGACAAGUGUCGCGUUAUGAAGUAUGCAAGCGUGAAGCUAAAAAGGAGAGAGGUAAGUUCACCAGGGUAAAAAAAAAAGACGUUACUCGAGCUCAGUGCCCCACCCGGCCGAACUUUAUCCUGGUUUCCAUGUAGCAUUAAGCGACUGGGAGCAUAACUACUCCUCACCAGGCUUCCCUGACAGUUCACCAGUACCCAUUUAUGCUCCUGGUUGGAGAGAAGCGCUGUGAGAGUAAAGUGUCUUGUCAAAGAACACAACACAUUGACCCGGCUGGGUCUCGCACCCAGACCUCUUGACCGGGAGUCCAGCGCAUCAACCAUUACGCCACUAGGUAUCCCGAAUUCACAAAAAAUAGCUUUAACCCUUUAAUCACUGAGAGUGACUAGCAUCUAAUUUCUCCUUACAAUAUCUAACCCUUAAUCCCACAUUAAGGUCAUGAGAAUAAAGGAAAUGAUCACCAACUAAAGCAGCUCUUGGUUUUUAAACAAAUUCUCCUUGUCACCAGUAUGGAGAAAAUACAUACUGAUGUUAGGGUGGAAUGGGUUAACAUAAGCAAAGAAUUGCGAGUUGAAGAGUACAAACAGAGCUAGUUUGUGGAACUUUCUUUUACAUGAUCUACGGAUGGCCCCACUGCAAGUUCGCCCCUACCUCGACGAUUUCGCCGCAAAUAUUCUCUUACUUUUGAAUUUGGGCAAUAUGAUUUAGUUUAUAACAGAAGAUGCCUCCACCUUCACAUAUACCUGUGAUUUACAAAUCAAAAGUUUUUUUUAAGAAUAUCCGAUGAGAGUCUUAUGCAAAAAUUUGUGAUUUCUUUAUGUGGAUUGUUUUUUUGAUAAGCUAAACUAAGUUUCAAUUUAUAAUGCUUUUCAACAUCAUAUCAUGCGAGGUACAAUGUUGUUACUGUAUUAUUGAAAUGCAGUUUACGCCAUCUUUGGUCAUAAUGUGGACCUCAACAUACAAAUGUUCCACAGGUCAUGUUCCUGAUAGCAGAAUUUCUAUAUAUUUUGCUAUAUGGUUCUUUUAAGGCUGGGGGGGCGGGGGGGAGGGGGGGGAAAAGGGAGGAGGAACGGAGGAUUUUGAGGGAUGACGUGGUUUUAAGAGGGAAUAGCCGAGGGAUCGGUCGUCUUAACAGAGUUUAAAGGGGGGAGGAAGAAACUAUAUGAAAUUGACUGCCAUUAAGAGAGGAUCUUAGAAUACUACAGAGUCUUAAGGGGGGGAUCACGUAAAUUUGCGACACAACCAAAAUCCCGCUCCCCCCCCCACCCACCCAAAUACUCAGGUGAUGAAUCAUGACUGUCUUCUCAGUGAUAAUGAUUGAUCAUCACUUAAAACAAGAUCCCUGAGCCUCGCAGUUCGCAUGUUGUUGAAAGGUUCAAUGAACGAGUAGAUUGCAAUGGUAUUUUUUAUCUCUCCUGAAGAGAAUCCAUGUUUGUCUGGUGACUACAUUACCCUCAGGGGGCCGAGCCGCGCUCAAGGGUUUAACAGGUCCAGACGAGCUAAAUGUGACAUGGACAUUCUGAAUGUACCAGAGGCUUGGUAUCGCUUUGCUGGCAAAGCAGGCACCAUGAUGGCUGAUAAAUGUGUUCCCGUCAAGCAUUGCGGGACGAACGCUCCCGGCUGGUUGCGGGGUCCUCAUCCAGAAGACCCAUCUGAAGGAGAAGUUGCCAGAACAGUUUGCUUUCACUGGAAAAACAACUGCUGCUUUUGGAAGACUCGAGUGAAAGUGCGCAACUGUGGAACAUUUUUCAUUUAUUACCUGAAACAAGACCCGAUGGUAGGCUGCAGCUUUCGUUAUUGUGGCAAUGGCGAGGGUGAGUAAACACAUAUUAUCAUUCUGAAAGAUGCCACCCAAAUUUCUUGAUAAGUAAGUCUUUUUUUGCCUCAGUGGGAGGCCGUCGCCGGCAAAAAUUCCUGCGAAUUUUUCCACAUUAGCGUUAUAGGAUAGGUAUCACAUUAACGUCAAAUGAUGGACAUGCAUGUGACAAGUUUGCGGGGACGAUUAGAAGCAAAUAUUCUAAUAUGAUCAUGUCCUUUUUUUUACAGGACCCACUCCUGGCCCAGAAAAGCCAACAACCCAAGGUAAGUCAAAUUUUUCUCUUGAUGAAUGCGUGCAAUGAUGAAGACCUGAUGAAAAAUUAAAACCUUAUUUCUCUGAUACAUUUUGAUUGGAAACACUGCAUAAAUGACAGUUUGCGUGUAAAUAAACAAUGAUAAUUAAUUAUUAGCAGACUAAUGGAUUAAAGAUUUCAAAGAAAUUAAAGGACGAUAGAAGGUCAAAAACUUCUCGAUUUACUUAUUACUCCUUUUUCCUAGCCUGAAGAGACUGAACCAACUAAAAACCAUCAUGACCGGCAGUUUGAGCCUCCUCCUUGUUAGCAUUAACGUUGAAUGAUUUUAACGAUCGUUACAAUUAUUUAUUUUUAUUUUCUCAGUAUCCACUUCAGAAACGGAAUCGCCAAUAUCCACUUCAGAAACGGAAUUGCCAACAUCCACUUCAGAAACGGAAUCGCCAACAAGUAAGUAAACUUACUAAGUUGUCCAUGAUUAACUUCAUAACCAUUUUGCCAUUUCUUGUGAUCGGGCUCGUUUUUUUCGGAUAAGUUCUAAAUUAAGACUAAAGUAAAAUCGCUUGUUUCCCUGCUAAUAAUAUGUUAAUGAUAUGUUCCCUUCAAGUAAGCUCCAGGGCUAUAAAUGUUACCAUUGUGAAUAGCAUCCUAACUGAAAAAUUGAUUCGUCUGACGAGUAAUUGGGAGUCUAAAUGGGGUUAACUGUUAGCCGAAAAACGGCCAAAACCGUCACAAACCGUCAGCCGCGAAAAAGGUUGAACGUAAAGAAAAUUACCUUUAAUAACAUUGGAAAGAUAUUCACCGUCAGCCAAAGUUGUAUAGCCGUAAAAGCCACCAUCCCAUUGAGGUCCUCGCAACACAGUAUGGAUCAUACUUCCAAUUGACAGCUGCAAGUUCAAAUCAUAAACCAUAUCGAAAUACUCAGCCGGGUGUUGUUUAAGACAGGAAAACGUUAAAAAUUCAUCACAAAAAUGUGCAUAGCAAUAAGUACCUCUCAUACUCCCAUGAAUCCUACGCUUUGUAAAUAUGUCCUAUUCCAGGAAAUCAUUUCACCAAUCGUGCAAUAACUUUUUAAUUGUAAAUAUUUAAACUUUCCCUGCUCACUAUUUUUUCACCAUGCCCUUUAUUUCGUCGUAUUUUAUGGUCAUACAGCAAAACGAAUGUUUCCAUGGUGGACUAUUGUGUAUUCAGUUAUGAUAUUCAGCACAGAAGCACCUAGGUAUUCUAGAAAACGUUGAAGGGAUCUUUACUUUUGGGAAAUAGAAAGGGUUGUUUAAUAACAAUAAUAGUUAAUUUGUCUACUUAUCUGAGAAAUGUUUUGUUUGUCAUAGAUACAACAAAACCACCUCCACCAUCUUCAGGUGAGAAGUCUUUGAAUUUUUUAUCGAUUUAUCAAAUUUUGCCCAUUCCACUCAUGAUAUGAAACCGUUAUCAUGAUAAUCAACUACAUUAACUCCUCACGGGUCGGCUUCAUCCAUCUCUUUAUACUAAAAAAUAAACAAAAACCUGCAUCUUCCGGGGAGUAGAGGAAUUACCCUCUCUCUGCGAAUUAAGCUUAGAUCUCUUCUAUGAGAAGAGUAAGAAUCAUCAGAAACGUGAAUCUAAAGAAAGUGUUUCUAGUAAAGACCAAAAUGAUUGGGCAGGAAAUGAAUGUCUACAUAUUGUUGCCGCUCCCACAACAUGACGAGGAUCCUAAGAGUGUUUAGUAUUUGUUUUAAUUUAUGUUCUUGCAAGAGAAACAAUUCAUUGAUAAAUCUCAGCAAAAAUCCCUGUUUUGCUUUCAUAUUGGAGAGGAGUGACGAUGUGUUAAAUUUUCUAGGCGUCAACGUCGUUUGCGGAAAGAACGAGAUGACAAUUAGCAUUCGAAAGACCCUCCUCAAAGGCAUAGAUGUGGAGCAUAUUCGUCUUUCCGAUGUAAACUGCAGAGCCAUAGAGAACCCAACCGGCGAUCGCUUUAUUCUACAAACGGAAUUGACUAAAUGUGGCACAAAAGUCAGACACGCUAAGAAUUUUGUAAUUUACAAGAACAAGGUGGAGGAAAUUCCGAUUGAAAAUGGUCAGAUAGUCACACGUGUCCGUGAAGUGGAAAUACCUUUCAGCUGUUACUACUCAAACACGGGAGUCGUGUCCGCUGUUGGUCUGGAAGUGACGAGCAAGAAGAUCAUUUUCUCCAGGAAAGGAUUUGGACAGUUCAUCCUAGAAAUGAAUAUAUUCCCGAAUAGCGAUUUUGUUAAUAAUUACAGAAAGGAAGACUUCCCAGUUUCCGUUACAUUAAGGGAGCGUCUGUUUGUGAAGGUCAGCGUAGACACAGACGACGAGAAACUUGAGAUUAUGGCAGAGACAUGCUUUGCUACACCUGAUCCUGAUCCCAAUAAACCUGCAUUGAAAUACGUGUUCAUCGAAGAUGGGUAUGGACUUGUUUAGUGUUAAAGAUUUAUCCACAACUGACAGGCAGUAAACUUGGUGCCAUGUAUUUGUCUACACACGCAAAAUUUCAACGAUUUUCAACGACGAGUUAAUACUUAAUGAUGUCUUUGGAAAUUGAUAGAGGACCAGAAAUUAUUUAUCGCCGAAGCGAUAUAACUGCAUUUAUAUGACAAUGAACCCCAUUUCGUCGCUACAAGUCAUCACUUGUUGUUGUCUGAAAAUUGCUAACUUUCUUGUCUUUUUUUUCCAGCUGUACAACAGACGAAACCGUGGAAUACAUUUCAUCAGACGAUCAGAGAAACAAAAAGUUUAGCCUGGAAGCGUUCAAAUUCUUGGGCGAACAUGAAUUUGUGUACAUGCACUGCAAGGUAAAGAUAUGCAACGCAAAGGAUCCUAAUUCACGAUGUGCACAGGGCUGUCUGUCUGACAGGCAAAAGAGGUCGCUGUAUACCGAGGAAAACAAUGACGAGGAGUAUCUAUUGGCUCAAGGACCGUUCAUGCGAAAGGAUGAAAUCAACGAGGAGACAGUUCUACAGGAUGUUGAGGAAGUGCACGACAUGAAUAUCAAAGGUAAAGUAGAACAGAAUACUAAGACAAGGCGGUCUAGGUGCUUGUAAACUGUUUCUAUCUAUGCCUUUGAUUGGCUGUUUAAAAAUAUACAAAAGCUACGUGGCAAUAACACGGUGGUCUGAAACAUUUGCGCAUGUGCCAAAGUUGUAAUGACUAGGUAGCGUGUUUUCAGUGUCAGAACCAAGCUGUCUCACACGAGUAACACACAACUACACAAGCCAAAGAGCUACGAUGCUUUAAGAGCGUAUAAACAUUUUGGUAAAACUCAAAACAGAAUGGUGAAUCUUCAGGCUACCCGUACCUGAAUAAGCUUCUUUUUCUCCACUUUUGUUUCCUUUUAUAGAUUUCCAUGAACGUUUAAAUCUUCUUUCGCUUUUUUUUGCGAGACAGAGCUUAUGUUUUCCUUUAGAACUUUGCGCCAGAAAUCGGUACGCAGAAGGUCAGAAUUGAUCUUCUCGCAUAUGCUUGACGUUUGACCAUUGAGUUUGCGGUAAUAAUUUCAAAUGAAACCUUUUUUGUUCAAUAUAUGAAUUCUCUAAUUUAUACCUGACUGUAUGGCAACUAUUUAACUAUUGCAGCUGCUGAGAAGAGCAGUCCUUUUGUCAUUGCAUCCACCAUGACGAGUGUACUAUGUAUGAUGGGAAUGUCAUAUAUGCUGUGGUACAAGAAAUCGCGGGCUCAUCAGGGUUACACUCCCGUGCAAGUGAAAGCACAUUAGAUUCAACAUCCUUUCGUUCACUGAUUGUUUUUUAUUAUUUCUUUGAUUUCAAUUGCAAACGUCUAUUGGAGAGAGAUACGUUUGGAUUUCUCUCUUUUUUGAGAUUUUAGUCAAAUGUAGAGCAAUUUUACCCAUACUUUUAACAUGCGCUUCAUCCUUAAUGUGAUAUUUAAAGUUUGUGUUCAAUUUUAUUACUCAGGACUUCCCCGACAUUCACUAUACUGAAUGAAACAUCCUAUACCCUGAAGGGCAUAUUGCCUUCAAAUCUAUUAUCUACCAAUUCUGAUUAAAUUUUCAACGUAUCUAACUGGUCGUUUAGAUUUUUUUAGUCGACUUACAAUGACAAAACCUAAGUUGUUAACUUUAGCUAAGUUAGCGAACAGGAUCGGUAAUUUGAGAAACCCUUGGGAUCUCCGACAGCUGGAGAGCUUUGAAAUACCUUAGGAGGGAAAGUAUUGACCCGAAUAGGGGGAUUCCAUCUUUAAGGUAAGCCCCUGUCGAUUCAACAUUCUAGUAUCCUAAACUCCCUGCUGUGCGGGGAGAAAUGGAAAAAAAAGCUCAUCCCCGAUGGAUUGUCGAUGAAAAAGAAUUCGCUCAGCGGAGUCAAAACAACGGAGAGGGGAACUGUCUGAUUUUAUAACAUUAGUUUGAUAUCAUAUAUUUAACGAUCAUACUGAAAAGCAAUUCACCAAGGACGUCAUCAUAGAAACAUACUUUCUAUUAUCAUCUCUUAUUAGAUUCUUGUUCUCGUCCGGCGUUAUAGCCACUGGUGUGCAAGCUCAGCAUUCUGUAACUUUUUGGAAAGUAGAAUUAAAGAAUAAAGGGAAUUUUUUACGCAUUAAGAUUAAUUUUUUUGUUCCUAGAAGAAUGAGAUCGGGUGUUAUUAUCAAUGGAU